AUGUCUCCCCCAACCCCACGCCAGAUACAGCGCAGCGAGCGUUUCCGCCAGGCGGGGAUGUUCUGGCACCGAACCGAGAUGGGCGAUGAGCAAGUCACCGUGCCCGUCUCAUUUCUCAACUUCAUCAUCACAGCUAACAGGGACUCAGACCUCGCGCAGCGCCGGUACUUCGUCGCCGCGCGCGAGGUGCUCCGGCGCCGCUUUCUCGCGUUGAUUACCGCGGGAUACGAGCUUCCCAUGCCGGUGCUCAGGAUCUAUCAGCCCCCGCCUUUUAAUUCUUCUUCUGAGUCGGAUUCGGACUCUGAGGGGAGUGAGAGUGAGAGUGAUGAUUAUGAGGAAAUGGAAGAGGAGGAGGAAGAGGAGGAGGAAGAGGAGGAGGAGGGCUAUGCGGCUUGUGAUGAGAAGAGUGUCGAGGGGUCUAGCGUCCACGCUGAUGUCGACAGUGAGGAUGAUGACUUCGAUGUGCUGAACGAUUUCACUGUCAAGAUGGAGUUCGUGGUGGCGGUGACCACUGUCCACGAGCCUGCUGACGUGCUGGAGAAUUUGGUCGCCGGUAUUGAGGAGAUCAUUGCAGAGAUUGAUAGCACGGGACGCUAUUCGUACGCGGCCGCUAGAGGGCUGGUGUCGGCUCGGAUCGUGAAGGAUGGGCUGCCGAUGCAAGAGGAGGAAGAGGAGGUUGAUUCCGAGUGGACGGACGACGAGGAGUCCUUUGACGAAGCAGAGGAGUGCUGUCCUAGCGAGCCGGAACGCUCUGGUGAUGAUCGUAAUGAUCCCGAGAGCGCCGGUGAGAACGAGGACGAGGAGAAUCCCAUCAUUUACAGUGACGAUGAUGUUGUGCCGCUCGAUGUUGACGAGGACGCGGUGCUUGCACGCAUCGCCUGGCUCCUGCAGGAUGCGUUGAAGUAG